GUAUUUUAUAGAUAGAUAAAAUAUUUUAUGUCAUUGUUGAACAUUCAGUAAAUCAAACAGACUCUUAAUGUAGGUUAAACUAGUAAAUCAAACUGACUCUCAAUGUAUAUUUGGCAUUGGCCAAUCUGAGAGCACCCUUAACGUCACGUGCUCUCUAACAACCAAUCAAUCAACGGCAUCGGCCUUUCUGGAAAAAAUUUUAGAAGGGAAAAGCACGCUACAUCUGCUCUGCUAUAAUUUUAAAUUUACAAGUUUUCACACAUUGUUCUGUCUGGAAGUUAACGAUGAAACGCAAUAAACGUUCGGCCACAGUGAGCCAUUGUAAUAUGCCAUGCUGUUCUAAUAGUAAUAAAGAUGAUGUACAGAGUCGGACGACGGCUCAUUUGGAAGACAAUGGGCAAACUCGUCGGAAAAAGACCAAAAAUGAUCAAAAGUCACACAGGGGUAAAAAAUCUAGUCAAAGCUCAUCACAGCAAGCUGCCCACCUAGCAGGGGGAGGUGAUAUAACUCAUACAAACAAACAGGCUGUAAACAGAUUACACCAGAAGAGGAAAAGGGGUACAGUCCCUCAUCAGUCGCCAUCUUCUAGUUUCAAUCAAGAGGAAAAUGACAUUCAAGUCCUGCAGGUAUCGGAGGAUGAAGAAACCUCGACCUCAGAAAAGUCAACAUCCUCAGACGAGGAAGAGAGUGAUUAUGACGAAGGCAUUAUGAAUUUCAGGGACAUAAUAUCGUCCCAUUCAAAUAACAUUACAGGUAAUGCUCUAGGAAUGACACAAUUUGUCGAACCAGUCUCCACCCCCAUUUCGCAUUCCAUACCAAAGUCGGUCAUUAAAAAAAUCCAAACUAACAAGUUUGUUGACUUCUCUCGCCUUUUGCCAAACAUGGCCUUGCCCCAAGCUGAAAAUUAUUCUUUAACAUUAAAUGCUAAUAACCAUUUAAGUUUGGUACCUAAUUCAUCUUCCAGAAAAAUCCAGUCCAUUGAAACAUGGACAACAGCCUUUUUAAGGUUUUCAGCCAUUUAUGCUGCAACUUUUCCCCAUGAAAUGCCUCAAUUAAUGAAAUAUGGGGAAAUAGUGAGAGAUUUGGCCCGUCGUCGUCAAGGUAUGGGAUGGUCAUUCUAUGACAACCAAUUUCGCAUGUUUCGGGAACGGGAGCUAAUGCCAUGGGACAGGAUUCACACAGAAUUCUGGGUCAUGGCAACCUCUCAACUGGCACCCCAUCAUAAUGGGUCAUUUCAGAGUAAUCGGCCCUUUCGUACAGGGUCCAGUAGGCAAUUCAAAUCGGGUUAUAGUUACAGGAAACCCUCUAAAUUCCUUGAAAAUACCUGCUGGACCUUCAACAGACGAGGUUUAUGUCGGGAACCCCGAUGCUCCAGGCCUCAUGUCUGUGGAUUCUGUAGGGGGGCCCACUACGCCGGCCAAUGCUCAUUUACUAAUAAAGACCAGGCCAUUACCUCCAGUCCCUCCUUUAGUCAGGCCACAAAAUCUCAAAACACUCCCACAAUAUUAAAACACGGAAUUUGUUUAUAG